AUGAACCAAGAGAGAGUACACCUACGCUUGAGGAAAGAACUCAGCGCACCCAUUGCGGUCGUUGAGAAUGAAUCCCUAGCGCAAUUAUCAUACGAGGAAGAAAGCCAGGCUUCUCUUAUGGAUAUUUCCAUGGAGCAGCAACAAUUGAGACUACACUCGCAUUUUGAUAAUUCCAAGGUCUUUACCGAAAAUAACAGAUAUGUCGUCAAAACUCUUCAGUCGCAAUACAACAGCGGGUUUAGCGAGGAUGACGAAUUGAAUGGAUAUAUCGAUAUGCAAAUUGGGUACGGGCUAGUCAACGACAACAAGAAAGUCUACAUCUGGAACAUUCAUUCUACUCAAAAGGACACACCGUACAUUACCGUGCCAUUUCUUUCGGGUGAUAAUGAUGAAACAGCAAUUGUGCCAAGGUGCAUAUUAACAUGCCCAGCAACGAUGGACGAAUCUCCGUUAGCACUGAAACCUAAUGACCAGGACGAAACCGGUGGGAUCAUUAUUAUUAAGGGCAAUAAGGCGAUUUAUUAUGAAGAUAUCAAUUCUAUAAACAACUUGAGCUUCAAGCUAUCUCAAAAAUUCUCUCACGAAUUAGAACUUCCUAUCAACUCCUCGGAUGGGGAGAAAUGUGACUUGAUCUUAAACUGCGAACCUGCCGGUAUAGUCCUUACCACAAACAUGGGCAGGAUUUUUUUCAUAACCAUUAGAAAUUCAGUUGGGAAACCUCAAUUGAAAUUGACUAAGCAAUUGAAUAAACCUUUCAAUUUAGGAAUUUGGUCUAAAAUUUUCAACACGAACAGUUCAGUUGUUUCAUUACACAAUGGUCCCAUCUUAGGUAAGGGAACAAGAUUGGUCUAUGUUACUACUAGCAACGGAAGCUUCCAAUCAUGGCAACUAUCUGCCACCAAUUCUCACCCGACCAAAUUGAUUGAUGUUAGUAUUUUCGAUGCUAUUUUGGAGUCCCUACAAGACUUGUACCCAUUUGCUCACGGCACGCUGAAAAUAUGGAGUUCCCACCCAUUACAAGAUGAAAAUUCACAUCUAUUCCUGUCAUCCAUUUACGACGGUUCUAAUAAUGAAACAUACUAUAUUCUCUCUACGAUUAUCUUCGAUUCUACCUCAAACAGUUUUACUAUCUUUUCUACUUAUAGGCUUAACACGUUUAUGGACUCGAUCAACGACACAAACUUUAAACCCAAAAUAUUCAUACCGCAAACGGAAAAUACCGAUGAUUCUAAUGAAGUUACAUCCAUUUUGGUAAUGUUUCCCAACGCUGUUGUUAUUACUCAGGUUAAUUCAAAAUUGGAUUCUAGUUACUCUUUAAGAAGAAAAUGGGAAGACAUUGUUAGUCUUAGAAGCGACAUCGAGAUUAUUGGCUCUGGCUAUGACUCGAGUUCUUUAUACAUUUUGACCAAGCAAAUGGGUGUGCUACAGAUCUUGGUGAAGGAAAAUGAGAAAAAAGAUUCAAAACCAGAGAUUGGAUUUGUCAAAUCCCAUGUUGACCAAGCCGUCUAUUUUUCCAAAAUCAAUCUGAAUCCAAUUGAUUUUAAUUUGCCCUCCGAAAUUUCAUUGGAUCAAGAAUCCAUUGAACACGAUUUAAAACUAACAAGUGACGAAAUUUUCCAUUCCAAUGGGAAGUACAUUCCACCAAUGUUAAACACUUUAGAGCAGCACCUUUCUGUUCGCAAAGAAUUUUUCCAAAAUUUCUUAACUUUUGUUACUAAAAACUUUAACUAUAAGAUAUCCCCAGAACUUAAAUUGGAUUUGAUUGAGAAAUUCGAGAUUUUAAAUUGUUGUAUCAAAUUCAAUUCCAUCGUAAGACAAUCUGAUGAAUUAAACGAAAUAUGGGAAAAAGUGAUAUCAAAGUAUAAUCUAACUCACAACGAAAGUUUAACAACUGAAAUAAUCGUCAUAAAUCGCCCCGAUAAAUUUCCCGUAAUUCUAAAACUCUUUUUGAAUCACGUUAUCUUUGUUUUGUUUCCAUCACAUAAUCUAAAUUUCAAAUUAAGCAUCAACGAAUUAAUCAAUUCCUGCUUUUACAGUGGCAUACUCGAAGAAGGUGAAAAAGCUUUAAGAUAUGAUCUUCUAGAACUAGAUCCAAUGGAAGUUGAUACAUCAAAGCUACCAUGGUUCGUAAACUUCGAUUAUUUGAAUUGUAUCAACCAAUCCUUUUUUGACUUUACAUUUUCAUGUGAAGAAGCAGGAAACUUGGCCGUUUAUAGUGAAAAUUUGUUAGAGACAGCCAAAAUCUUAUACUACCAAUUUAACCAAUUUAAAAUUUGGAUGAAUACGCAACCUAUUGGAUCUGUAAGCGCAAAUGCAAACUUCACAAAAAUCAACAAUCUUUACGAUGAAAAUCAUUUGGAUUGGAAUCAUGUGCUUUGUAAAGCAAACCUAAAAGAACAGUCUAUUCAAAUAACAGAAUUCUACCAAGAUUUGCCUGGAUUAGUCCAGACAUUACAAACUUUAAACCAGGAUGAUCCGACGAUUAUGUCUCUAUAUGAAACGUUUUUCAAUGAAUUUCCAGAGGCCUUUAGUUUUACUCUAUUUGAAAAUUUAAUUAAACACAAAAAAUUGAACGACUUGAUGUUUAGAUUCCCACAACAACACGAUGAUUUGGUGAAGUUUUUUCAUCAAUCAGGUCCGAAGUACGGUCAUGUGGCGUGGAUCCAACAAGUUUUAGAUGGAUCAUAUGAUGAUGCAUUGAAUACUUUGAAAAAUAUCACUGUCGAUGAUUCGCAAAAGGGAGAGAAUUUGAAUGAAUGUGAAUUACACUUGAACGUUGCAAAAUUAAGUUCGUUAUUGGUCGAAGAAAGUAACCUGGAUAUCAAUAGCUUGAGAAAUAUUCAAUAUAACCUAGAUGCAAUUGAUGCCGAAAAAAAACUUUCAAGCCUAUUGAAGAAGGGCGAAGUUCAGAUAUUUAAGAAGUUCGAAACUAGCGUUUUCAAUGACGUUUUCAACAUACUAGUGGAAGAACUUAAAUCAACAAGAAUAGUUAGUCUGUCGGAACUUAUUGAACUAUAUUCUAUGUUCGAUGAUGAAGAUAGUUUAUUUAUUCCAUUAAGACUACUUUCUGUCGACGGAGACUUAUUAAACUUUGAAAUCAGAAAGUUUCUAAAUUCCUUGGUUUGGAGAAGAAUCAUCUUGCUGGAUAAUUAUAAAGGAGAGAAUAAACUUCUUCAGCACAUAGUCAUGCGUGUGUUUGAUGAAGAAUUGUUCAAAGGCAAUGAAUUCCCCUUGCCCAGUGUGGAUCUCCUGUGCGAUAAAUCGUUAGUGACCCCAGAGUAUAUAAACGAAACGUACGGUAAAUUUUCCGUUAAUCUAGACUCCAUACGCGAAGGAAUAUAUGAAGAGAUAUCUGAACUAGAAUCGUUGAAUUCGGAUAACUCACUGGAGAUCAAACUACGCUCAACUAUUGGGUCUGUAGCAAAGGAAAAAAAGUACACAAUCAAUUACGAAUCUAACACCGUAGAAUACUAA